CGGGACAGUGCUGGCCUGGGUCUUAGCUUCCCUGCUCCUGCAGGAGGACUGGGCUUCCUCAUUCAUUCCCUUCUUACUCUCAUCCAUCAGCACCUUUAAACCGAAACCUGGAACUAUGGUAUUCUCUUUGGUUCUUAGAACGGGUUGGCUUAAUGGGGGAAAUAUUAAUAGCACUGGUGUCAAUGGAAGUGACCUUGAGCCACAUAGGAAGAUUUUGAUAAAACGUGUCACUCUUGUUACCUAUCAGGAUCAAACUGCAUCAUGGAAGCUGCACACGAUGACACCCUGUCUGCAAAGUUUUUGCCAGAGGGCAAAAGACUGCAAGCAGAAUAUCCCUUCGCCAUUUCUCAUUCAGGCCUGGCCGUUGUCUGAAAGCAAACCUCAAGGACAGGACUUCGGGACUCUGCAGCCUCUGCAGGCUGCUGCUCCACCACAGGACGUCCAGCAGGUGGCAGUGCACCCCGCGCGGACCCGGCUUGCCUCUCGGCCCGGGGGAGUCCGUUUGACGCGCAGUCGGGACGCGGGUCUGCACGCACCUCGCUGCAGCUGCGGCCAACGCGAAGCCCUGGAGAGGAUCGUUCAUGGAAACAAGGAUGACGACUGUGAAGCCCUGAUGCCCCUGAUAAAACUGAUGACCAUUGAAUGGAAAGAAGUCAGUGUGGAAAGCCCAGGAACUGUCCCAUAG